GGUAAACACAUGUCAAACAGUCAAAAAGAGGGGUUAUGGUUUAUGUUCAUGGGUUCAUGUUUUCAUUCCACGAAGUUCAUCGUUCAUCACCAGAGAUCCAAAGAUGUUAUAAACAUGUAUGUGGGUUAUUAGGCCAAAAAUCAUUUCGCUUAUCUUUUAGUGUUGUGUGUGAGUAUCAAGACUAUCAAGAAAGAUAUUCGAAUAAUGGCGUUGAAUAGCAUCUUGAGGAGAUGUGCUUCAAUAUGCAAUAACAAUUUAGUUACUAAACAUUCUAGGAUAUUAUCUAUGGGCCAACCAGCUUUAAAUAAAAAAGAAGUUGAGGUCAUUUUUGUGAAAGCUAAUGGGGACCACAUCAAAGCUAAAGGAAAAGUUGGUGACUCCUUCUUAGAUGUAGUUGUUAACAAUGAUAUUGACUUGGAUGGAUUUGGAGCUUGUGAAGGUACAUUGACUUGUUCAACAUGCCAUCUGAUAUUCAAGAAAGAUGACUUUGAUGCACUCCCUGAAAAGGCAACUGAUGAAGAGUUGGAUAUGCUUGAUUUAGCCUAUGAUUUGACUGAUACUUCCAGAUUAGGUUGUCAAAUAAUUCUUAGUGAAAAAUUAGAUGGAAUAGAAGUCAAAGUUCCAGCAACAAUCAAUGACCAAAGAAGCUAACAUCCGUUAGUAAUAUCUUGAGCAAUUGUAUAGUAGUUUAAUUUUUGUUGAAUUAUGUGAGGAGAUAUUAGUAUAUCUAAAUUCAAUAUUUUCUUUCAAAGCAAAUAUUGAUUGAGUGAAAUUACUAGGUCUGAGUAUACAUGGUAUAGUAUAUUUUUAAUUAUGAGUAUCCUCUGUAUAUCAAAAUAGGUACUUCAGUUGAAUUGAGAUUUGAAUACUAGAAAUAUAUCAACAACCCAGUUUAUGAACGAAAUAUCAUCAGCAGUACAAACUAUUUAAAAAAAAACUUAUAGGAAGAGGUGAUAUUCAGUUAUUAUAUACCCAUAUUCAGUCAAUGGAUCUUGCUGGGCAUUUUUUCUAUCUUUCUGGAAUUCUUAAUAUCUAUCUGUGCAAAAAACAAUAAAUAUAUAUGUUAUCACUUCCUUAUAUUUUAAGUUUUACUAAUGUAGGUACUCAAUUUACUUCUUUUAUAUAUUUUAUGUAUCAUUUUCAGAUUGAUAAUCCAUAAGUCACCAUAAUUGACCAAAUAGAA